AUGGGACUGUCAGCGGGCGGCUCACAGAGCGUCGGGCCCGAUGGUGAAGAGUCGCGGACGAUCUCCAACCGACUCGAGCACUGCUGCUCGCUGUUGGAGGCACCCGCGCUGGCCAAGAUCACUAUGGGGCUCACAUUGCUCGGCAACAUUGUGCGCGAGGUAACCGACUGGUCACUGCCGGACAUCCACGCCAUGUUUGCCGACUCGGGCAUCAUCAACAUCCUUGUGGACGUCAUGUGCACCCGUGGCGUCUCGCAAACGGUAUUUCUUCACCUCCGCACCAUUGUCUCGUCAUCGAUGCUCCUCAUGGUCCAACUGCUGGACGUCUUUGAGCGCGCGGUCUUUCACUACCAGCCCGAGUCGUGUCUCGGCCUCUUUCGCUUUGUCAAGAUGAUGGUCGAUCGCCAGCCGUCAUUUCUCAAGCUCUUUACCUCGCCAACCAACCUUCGCAUGCUCAUCCGGAUCUAUGCCGAGGUCGGCACCCUCAUGCACGGUAUGAGCUCGGAGCGCAUGCUUGUGACGCGGCGCCAUCUCGGCCCGGGCGGCCCUGGGCCCGGCGGGCACGACGGAAUUUCCGAUCCUGGUUCGGAAAUUGAGCUCGGUACAGUGAGGACGAUGUGGACCGAGUCGGUGUCGGGCGACUUUCGACUGCCGUCGAUGCGCGGAUUUGGCCUCACUGGCCCCGGUGGCGACGACCUACCCACCUCGUCCCGUCAGUCGCCGCUGCAGCUCCCUUCAGGCCGGCGCUCGCCCCAUCCACGCCCACCGGCCUCUGGCGGGCUCUCCGAGUCGGGCUCGUCACUCGGCGACAUGCAUCAAGCGCCCGAAAUUGUGCCGGCGCUUCCGAUCUCGUUUCUCACGACGACGCCGAAGCAGGGCACACCCAGCCGGCCGCGCUCGCCGCAUCAGCGCAAACCCAAGACGCCCAAGCAGCGACUUCCGGCGCUUGUCAUGGCCUCGGUCAGCCAGCAGGCGGUCAACGAGACUGGGGCGAGUAGCGCCUCGCAAGGAGGGCUGGCCGAGGCGACGUCGGGCUCGGGCCUGCCCGUCUCGGGCUCGGACGCUCAGAUGUAUGAGUCGACAGUGAUGUCCGGGGACGUGUCGGCGAUGCUCUCACUCGGGCCGCCGUCGACGCGGAGAGCACACGACACUGAGGACCUCGGCUUUGACACCAAGAUCUCUGCUAUGACCGAGCUCACUCUCCUCGCGCACAACCUCGGCCAGUCGUUUAUGACCGCCGACCUCUCGGGCCUCAUUGCGCACAAGCGAGAGCGGGUCCGCAACAUGCAGGUGGCGGAUCGGGUGCGGACGUUCAACAUGCCUGGUGUGGAGCAGCGCGAUGUGCACCUGGCCCAGCUGGUGGGCCACCCGCUUCACCAGCUCCGCAUCGUCAUUCUGCAGAUCAUCGAGGCCGUUCUGGCGGCACAGCCGCUGGCGGUGAGGUGGACGCGUGCGGUGAACGUGCUGUACAUGGACGUGCUGCGACAUGUCUCGCUCCCGGUCCUCCACAAGGACACUCAUAUGCUCGACCUCCUCCUGCGAGUCCUCCGCCCGCACUCAGUCUACGUCGAGUACGAGCACCGGGUCCUCUGGCCGACUGCGUUUGCGACGCUGUCGCUGCCCGCCAAGUCGCGGUCGCGGCGCAAGCUCGACCGCUUCGUGUGGCGAGUGACAGCCCAGCUCCGCACCCUCGCCGACCAGUCGCGGUCUGGCUGGAUGGCGACGACGGCGCGGUUGGAGGCCAUCGAGCUUCAGCUUCGCAUGCUGCACAUGUACAUGCAGGCUUGCCGGACGCGGGUCAUGGUUCCGCAAGUUGUCGACGUUGCUCUGGACGUUCUCCUCGACAUCAAGAACUACCUGUUCUCGUUCGGCAAGCUGGUUCCGGACCGCAUCUUUGUGGCGCCGGCCAUGACUGCUCUCCUUGCUGUCUUUGGCGAGAUUGGCUCGCGCAACACCCACCUCCCGCUCAACUCGAUGCUGCUCAACAUUCUGGUCCGCCGGCGCGACGAGUGGGACAACUGGAUGUACUUUCGCUCGUUUGCCGGUCGGCUGCUCAUUGACCCGGAGAUUGAGAACGCGUUUGCCACCGUGCACGAGUCUGAGGGCGUUGUCGGCUCGGGGGUCGAGCGGUUUUCGCCGGCCAAGCUUGUUUCGUACCAGUGCGCGGCCGUCGACUACUUUGCGGUCAUCCUCUCUGUCAUCGAGACUCAUAUGUACCGGCUCCGCGACCGCGUGGAGAGGAGCGUCAAGCUCGCGCGCGUUCGCAAGUCGGCCGACGACGACGCGUCAGUGACGUCGGCCACACCGGGCGCAUCGGCAGACUCGACCGCCCGGGUGGGCGGCCAGUCCCAGGCUCGCGGCGGUGGCAGUAGCAAGACUGGGGUGGCGGCCAUUGUGGAGCCAGGCAUCAAAGACGGCGGCUCGUCGAGUACGCUCUCCGGCUCUGGCUCGCCACUGACGCGGGUGACAUCUGCUGGCGCUGUGUCGACAGGCGCGGCACUGAGCCCGAGCAGGCGCGGGAUGUCAAGCUCUCUCUCGGCGGCGGCGGUCGGAACGUCGAGCCAUAGUGAGAAUGCAGUCGGAGUAUACCCGGUUGGCGGCGGGGGCGCCACGGCAGGGGCGUCGUCACUCGGGGAGGAGUCGUGGGCGUCGAUGGCGGACAUGCUCAACUCGUUUAUCCUCCCGAUGCUCUUCCUCCUCCACCCAACGCGCGGUAUUGCUGUCAAGGUCUUCAACACCUUUGACUCUGCGCAACAGCCCAAGCGCGCACCGCUGCUCAAGGCGAUGCUUGGUCUUCUUGAGGCUUUCUUCCGGAUUCCCGGCUUGCCGCAGCUCCACGACCCGAUGUGGGUCGACGGCUACGUCACGCUUCACUACACGCAGUUUGUCAAGCUCUACCACUCUUCCGAGGUCGACACAAUGUCGAUGGAACUGUGCAAGGGCCACUUGCGCAUCCUGCGCAUGUUUGCGCUCCACAAGAACGAGGCCAUCAUCCGCAAGUUCUACCAGCUGCGGGUGGUCGACUUUCUUGCCCGUGAGAUUGACGUGGAGCAAAAGGUUGCUGACAUCAAGCAGCGGAUGCGGGAGAAGACCAACGGCCGGGUGAGGGCCCGCUCUCGGAGCGGCUUAUUGGCCACUCGCUGCAGAACAUCGGCUCAUCGUCGGCCGCCGGAGAUCCGGGUGGCUUUUUGCAGAUGUCUGGCACGGCGUCACAGAUGUCGUGGGACAACCGCGAGGACGACGAGGACAUCAACAACGACGGUGAGCGAUAUCAUCCCGCUGUGGCAUGGGUCGGUGGGCCGGCACGCCUGGAUGCCCGCACCUCGCGCUCGGGCGCGUCGUCCGGCAUGA